UCGAUUGCUUUCGUCUCCGACGUCUUGGUUCGGGUAGUAAGCCGCUCGGCUCGGUUUCUCAGCGCGUCCAGAGUCCGGCAGGACGAAACCAGUCUGGAGCUUCUCUCACUUUCUCGACUUGUGGUUCGGUUUUUGAUCGGUACGAGUUUUAAUCGACGCGCUAAAAGGGGUUCUUGUCUUUUUUUUUAUUAUUAUUUUGUUGUUUUCGUGGAGCGACUGAGUUUUUGGAGAAGUCUCUCUCUCUCUCUAUUGCGCAUGUUCUGUCUCUCUACCAACACAACGAGUCACAACAGUCAACCUUUAAUAAAUAUCCUUCUGCUUAAAAACAAAACCGAUUUCCUCAGGAAACAGGACAGGAACACUGCACCCAGACUCUCCUGUGGUCUUCUCAAACAGUGUCUGGCUAGGAGUGAUAUGAGUUAGUGAGCUAUAUUUCGGAUAAAAAUGGACAGCCGGAGAGCUUUUUGUCCUAAACUAGGAAUAUAAAACAUAAUUCAUGACGACAGAUGAAAAAUAUAAUGAAUAAAUGAAGUCCAUUUCCCCCUCAGGAGUUGUAUUCGAAUCGCUGUUUAUUUCAGCUCGCUUAGCCAAGCUAGUUUAUUAUUAGCCAGCUAGCAUGAGCUAGCCGUGGUGGAAUUCGGAUUUACUGGAUAAUGUCAGGAUGUUUAUUUUAAUUUUAUUUUAAUUUUAACGACACUUGGACAAACUAGGGAGUAUAUUUGAGGUUUGGACGGUUUUUCAAGAUUAAAGCGAAAGACUUUUUUGGGAAGUUUGUGAGGAGAGUGAAACGUCAUCAGGCGGCGUUUAGAGUUAGCAUAACAUUCGGGAGUUGGUUAGGUUAGCUUAGCAUAGCUUAGCAUUAGGUUAGCAUAGCGAGCGAGCAGGGAGCCGGAGAUGCCAUGGUGGCUCUAGCUCGCCGCUUUGACCGUGUGGCGGAGCUCCUGCUUUGCGCUGCCUCGUCGUGUGUGAAUGUGAAGCUGGCCGGGCCUGUGGCCCCUGCGCUCCUGCGUGGAUGAAGCAGUAAAGGGACCCGAGCUGCUCCCUGGCUCAGCUGAAACGCCAUGCAGGCGGCCCAGUGCCAGUACGAUUUCUUCAGCGAAGAGAACGCGCCCAAAUGGAAGGGACUCCUGGUGCCGUCCCUCAACAAGGUGCUAAAUCAGGUACACCCCAAGCUGUCGUCUCAGGAGGAGGCUCUGCAGUACAUCGAGGAGCUGAUUCUGCUGCUACUGAGCAUGCUCUGUCAGGCCCAACCUCGCACUGUGCAGGAUGUCGAGGAGCGAGUUCAGAAGAGUUUCCCUCACCCCAUCGAUAAAUGGGCCAUCGCGGACGCCCAGGCAGCCAUUGAGAAGAGGAAGCGGAGGAACCCUCUCGCUCUGCCUGUGGAUAAGAUUCACCCACUUUUGAAGGAGGUACUAGGCUACAAAAUAGACCACCAGGUGUCUGUGUACAUCGUGGCGGUGUUGGAAUACAUCUCCGCCGACAUCCUGAAGCUGGCUGGAAACUACGUACGAAAUAUACGGCACUACGAGAUCUCACAGCAGGACAUCAGCGUGGCCAUGUGCGCCGAUAAGGUGUUGAUGGACAUGUUCCAUCAGGACGAGGAGGACAUCAGCGGCUUCCCCCUCAUGGACGAGGAGCCGUCAGCGUCUGAGGCGCAGACCUAUUACGACCUGGUGAAAGCGUUCAUGGCUGAGGUGCGUCAGUACCUGCGAGACUUGAACCUCAUCAUCAAGGUCUUCCGCGAGCCAUUCGCCACCAACAGCAUGCUCUUCUCACACCACGAUGUGGAGAACAUUUUCAGUCGUAUCGUGGACAUCCACGAGGUGACUCUGAAGCUGCUGGGGCUCAUUGAGGACACGGUGGAGAUGACCGAUGAGGGAAGCCCUCACCCACUGGUGGGCCGCUGCUUUGAAGACUUGGCCGAGGAGCUGGCCUUCGACCCCUACGAGACGUACGCUCAGGACAUCCUGCGGCCCGGAUUCCAUGACCACUUCCUCAGCCAGCUCUCCAAACCCGGCGCAGCCUUCUACCUCCAGUCGAUAUGUGAAGGCUUCAAAGAGGCCGUGCAGUACGUAUUACCUCGGCUGCUCCUGACCCCGGUUUACCACUGCCUCCACCACUUUGAGAUAUUAAAGCAACUGGAGGAGAAAAGUGAGGAUGAGGACGAUAAGGAACGUCUGAAGCAGGCAAUCACUGCACUCCUCAACCUUCAGAGCAGCAUGGAGAGGAUCUGCUCCAAAAGCCUGGCCAAGAGAAGACUCAGCGAGUCGGCCUGCCGCUUCUACAGUCAGCAGAUGAAGGGCAAGCACCUGGCCAUCAAGAAGAUGAACGAGAUCCAGAGGAACAUCGAUGGCUGGGAGGGCAAAGACAUCGGCCAGUGCUGCAACGAGUUUAUAAUGGAGGGCACGUUGACACGGGUAGGUGCCAAGCACGAGCGCCACAUCUUCCUCUUCGAUGGCCUGAUGAUUUGCUGCAAGUCCAACCACGGACAGCCACGCCUGCCGGGGGCCAGUGCUGCCGAAUACAGGUUGAAAGAAAAGUUCUUCAUGCGCAAGGUCCAAAUCAACGACAAGGACGACAAGGAGGGUGAGUACCGGCAUGCCUUUGAGCUCAUCCUGAAGGACGGCAACAGCGUGGUGUUUGCAGCGAAGUCUGCUGAAGAGAAGAACGGUUGGAUGGCGGCGCUGAUUUCACUUCAGUACCGCUCUACUCUGGAGCGUAUGCUUGACACGGCCAUGCUGCAGGAGGAGAAAGAGGAGCAGAUGAGGCUUCCCGGUGCCGAGAUCUACCGCUUUGCAGAGCCCGACUCGGAGGAGAACGUGGUGUUCGAAGAGAACGUGCAGUCCCAGUCUGGGAUCCCAAUAAUCAAGGCAGGGACGGUGCUGAAACUCAUCGAGAGGCUCACCUUCCACAUGUAUGCAGAUCCCAAUUUUGUGCGGACGUUCCUCACCACCUACAGGUCGUUCUGUAAACCGCAAGAGCUGCUGGACCUGCUCAUUGAGAGGUUUGACAUUCCAGAGCCCAAACCCACAGAAGCGGAUCAGAUGGCCAUGGAGAACGGAGAUCAGCCGCUCAGCGCCGAGCUCAAACGCUUCCGCAAAGAAUACGUCCAGCCAGUGCAACUCAGGGUGCUGAAUGUGUGCAGGCACUGGGUGGAGCACCACUUCUACGACUUUGAGAGGGACGCUCAGCUACUCUGUCGGCUGGAGGAGUUCAUCGGAACAGUCCGAGGCAAGGCCAUGAGGAAGUGGGUCGAGUCCAUCACCAAGAUCAUCCAGAGGAAGAAGCAGGUGCAGGCGAACGGCCCGAGCCACAACAUCACCUUUGAGAGUUUACCUCCACCCAUCGAGUGGCACAUCAGCAAACCGGGCCAGAUCGAGCAGUUUGACCUGAUGACCCUUCACCCCAUCGAGAUCGCUCGCCAGCUCACGCUACUCGAGUCUGACUUCUACAGGUCGGUUCAGCCGUCAGAGCUGGUGGGCAGCGUGUGGACGAAAGAUGACAAAGAACUGAACUCGCCCAACCUUCUGCGUAUGAUCCGCCACACCACCAAUCUCACCCGCUGGUUCGAGAAGUGCAUUGUGGAAACAGAGAACCUGGAGGAGCGUGCAGCCGUGGUGUCGCGCAUCAUCGAGAUCCUGCAGGUCUUUCAGGAGCUCAAUAACUUUAACGGAGUCCUCGAGGUGGUCAGUGCCAUGAACUCUUCUCCUGUGUACCGGCUCGACCACACCUUCGAGCAAAUCCCGAGCCGACAGAAGAAGAUUCUAGAAGAGGCCCAUGAACUCAGUGAGGACCAUUAUAAGAAGUAUUUGGCCAAACUCAGGUCCAUUAACCCACCAUGUGUGCCCUUCUUUGGUAUAUAUUUAACAAAUAUUCUGAAAACGGAGGAAGGCAACCCUGACUUCCUGAAGAGACACGGUAAAGAGCUGAUUAACUUCAGUAAGCGACGGAAAGUAGCAGAGAUCACCGGAGAGAUCCAGCAGUACCAGAACCAGCCGUACUGCCUACGGGUGGAGAGCGACAUACGGAAAUUCUUCGAGAACCUGAACCCCAUGGAGCACAUGACGGAGAAGGAGUUUACAGACCAUCUUUUCAACAAGUCUUUAGAGAUCGAGCCUCGCAACGCACGUUCCCUGCCUCGAUUCCCUAAGAAGUACAGCUGCCCGCUGAAAUCUCCGGGCGUACGGCCGUCCUCGAGUCGACCCGGCACCAUGCGCCACCCGACGCCGCUGCAGAACGAGCCGAGAAAGAUCAGCUACAGUCGUAUUCCGGACAGCGAGACAGAGAGCUGUGCGGCGUCGGCGCCCAACUCGCCCCGAACGCCCCUCACGCCCCCGCCCGCCUCGGCAGCCUCCAGCUCCACAGACAUCUGCAGUGUGUUCGACUCUCCGCAGGGUCCCUCCAGCCCCUUUCACUCAAGGUCCUCGUCUGUGUCCUCAAUGGUGAGUUUCCACAGGAGUACAGACGACCCACCUGUCCCUCCUCCUGUCCCGCCAAGACGGCGUCCUGAAUCCGCUCCUGCCGAGUCCUCACCUUCUAAGAUGAUGUCGAAACACGUGGACAGUCCCCCAGCCAUCCCCCCGAGGCAGCCCACCGGUAAGCUGUACCCAAUGCGCUACUCCGUACCGGACGCUCCCUCCAGCCCACCCUCGCUGCCUCCUCGCGAGCCCUUGCGCACUCCUGACGUGUUCUCCAGCUCGCCUCUGCUCCUCCAGCCUCCUCCUCAGGGCCGCCGUACUGAGCCCAGUCAUUUUUUCCCCUCAUCCCCGUCGCCGCUGGGACCCCGAAAACUCCCGGCCUCGGCUCCGGCGCCGCAUCUGCUCGAGUGCGAUACUCCCCACGGCGCCGCCGGACCCCCGCUGCCCCCCCGCCACAGCACGGCCAUCCCAAAACUGCCUCCAAAAACAUAUAAAAGGGAGCGGGAAGGUCCUCCGCUUCUCGAGAACGCCAACCCUUCUUAAAGAGGAAACACUAAAGACUGCACAUGAGACAUGUGAUAUGUAUACAGAGUAAUGACGUUUUCAAAAAAGGAAAAAAAAAAAACGCCCGUUGGAUGAAAUGCCAGUGUUGGACUUUGGACGAGGGGAAAAAAAAACAAACACGAAAUGAAAAAUGUGCCCUUAAACCGUUCAGAUUGUGUUUUCAUGAAGUGCAAACUUCGUCUGAGAUUAGCCAGCCCUCCUGCAGGUUGUCUCUUUGUAUAUUUUUUUUUUUUUUUUUUUUUUAAAUCUGUGGGGGUUUUUUUUGUCCUUGUCUUUGUCUGAUGUUUGCUCACGUUCUUUUUGCUGUUUGUGGCUUCUUUUUUCCCCCUUUUCUUUUUGUACGUUGCUUAUUUUCAGCCAUGAGCUUGUCAGCCUUUCCCUCUCUUCUCCUCCCCCUGCACAGCUGCAGCCAGGACCAGAUAUUUAAAAAAACAAACAAAAAACCCCCGCAAAUCAUUAACAUUAAUGCUGGACAGCAAAAGACUUCAAAGCAGUUUGAACCACCUCCUAAAUAAAGCAAAUCCACAAAGCACGGUUUCUCUUCACAGACUGUAUGUGCCUGCCUUGUCGACGCCGAGGACUGUCUUGGCCCUUCCAGCGUGAUGCUGGACGACAGGUAGGACUCGACCGAUAAGACUCCUCCUUCUGCCUCAGCCUUUGGCUUAACCACACCUCAUUAUGUUUAAAGAAAAAAAAAAAAGGGACUGGGAGAUGUGAGCUGCGUUCGUACCGUAUUUAACCCCCACAGGGAGAGAUCUGUGUGCCAGUAGUCUCAAGAGUACCACGAGUCAAAGGUACCCUCCCACAACCAAAGAGGUACUUUCAUGCAUUCAAGAAACACGAAAAAAAGUGAUUGUCCUUUGUCUUAGAACUUUUAUUUUCUGAAUCAUUUCUGUUUUUGCCAAUAAGUAUGUAAAGAAGAAAAAAACAAAACGAUUGCCUUCUUAAAACAAGGGAAUAAAAGUGUUUCUACCAC